UCUUAGCUUUAGCAUUAGCUUUAGCGUUUAGCUCCUGCACGUGAACUCUGCUGGUUUUUAUCUAUUUAAACAGAAGUCAGGAACAAAUCAACAUUAGUGUUUGUUUGAAUUGUCUGUCCGAAGACAACGCGUUGUUUCUUUUUCCGGAUAUUUUUCUUUUCCACCUUUAACACGCUUAUAACCCUGACAAGCUAAUGCUAACCGGCUAGCAGCUAACCCUGUCAGAGCUGAAGUUAAGGUGAAGUUUAAAGAUUCAAUGAAUUCAUAUGAAAAUUCAUAAGAAUGAGAAGUUUCCUCGGUUUUAAAACUCAGCAGCUGCUCCGCGGAGUCUUCAGCUCGUCCACAGCAGUGCGAUGGCGAGCAGCUCAGACCCGCCUCCUCUGCAGCUCCUCACCGGACGAAGGGAAACGCCCACCCUCCAUGUUGAGACACCUGACCUCCAAGUUAAAAGCCACAGGUCCGAUUUCGGUGGCCGAGUUCAUGAGGGAGGUUCUGACCAACCCUGUGACGGGUUAUUAUGUGAGGAACAACAUGCUGGGACCGGACGGGGAUUUCAUCACCUCACCUGAAAUCAGUCAGAUCUUUGGAGAGCUGCUCGGCGUCUGGAUCCUCAGCGAGUGGAUGGGAGCCGGUCGACCCAAACAGCUGCAGCUGGUCGAGCUCGGACCCGGGAAGGGAUCGUUGGCCAGCGACGUCCUCAGGGUGUUCAGUCAGCUGCAGUCGGUUCUGUGUGAGGCCUCGGUGUCUGUCCACCUGGUCGAGGUGAGUCCGGCUCUGAGUCGGCUGCAGGCCCAGACUCUGACCGGGGGCAGCAGCCGGGAGGCGGACGCAGAGGACGAGCUGGUGUACCGCCGCGGGGAGACGGCAGCCGGCCUCCCGGUGUCCUGGUACCGCCGCCUGGACGACGUCCCCACAGGUUUCAGCAUCUUUAUCGCUCACGAGUUCUUCGACGCUCUGCCCAUCCACAAGUUUCAGAGGACGGAGAAGGGCUGGAGGGAGGUGAUGGUGGACAUCGACCCGGAGAAGUCCGAUCAGCUGAGGUUCGUGGUGACCCCGUCUCCCACCCUGGCCUCGUCCACAUUCGUUCAUGCCGAUGAGAGGCGGGAUCACGUGGAGGUGUGUGCAGAGGGCGGGGUCAUCGUCCAGCAGCUGGCCCGGAGGAUCGUGGAGGACGGCGGCGCGGCGCUGAUCGCCGACUACGGCCACGAAGGAACCAAGACGGACACGUUCAGAGGUUUUAAAGGUCACCGGCUCCACGACGUCCUGGCCUCCCCCGGCUCGGCCGACCUCACCGCCGACGUCGACUUCAGCUACCUGCGGCGAACCGCUGGAGGGGGCGUGGCCUGUUUGGGACCUGUCACUCAGAGGACGUUCCUGAAGAACAUGGGCAUCGACACACGGAUGCAGGCUCUGCUGAGGAACUGCAGCGACCCGUCCACCAGGCAGCAGCUGAUCAGCAGCUACGACAUGUUGACCAACCCCGAGAAGAUGGGCGAGCGCUUCCACUUCUUCAGCCUGCUGCACCACAGCCGCCUGGCCAAACCCACGAGGGCCACGGGGAUGAAGCUGGAGAAGGCGAGCCCGGCGCCGCUGCCCGUGGCCGGAUUCACCGAGCUCAGCUUCUCCUAGAGCGUCAGAAACAUCUGGACACAACUGCACACUUGUCAGAUGUUUUCUAGUCAAGUGAGUGAGGAACACGAAACAGACUUUACAGAAGAUCCAAGAGAUUUGAAGGAUCCUGUACAACACAACACUUGUUUGUUUAUGAAGCAACAUUAACGCAGCUGGAUGAAAGUGAGUCUGAUGUGUGAGUGUGAACAGGAGAACGUUUCCUCCUUCUCUCCCUGAGCGUCUGUUCUCUGUGACUCUGCUGAGCGGGUUCCAUCUCCUGAGAGAACAACUGACUGAGAGUCACAGACACAACCAGCUGCAGCUGAAGAGUGAAGCUGAACUGAGAUCAGUUAGAAACACUCACAAGUUAUUAACAACCAGAGUUUAUCUCCAGUAUUCAGCAGGAAACUGUUAAAACUGAAUUCUGAACAGAGUUUUGUUGAUUUGUUACAGCAGCAGCUCUUCAGGUUCAGGGAGCAGAGGAUCAUGGGUAAUAUCCAGUGUUCACCCGGGUGGCUGCAGGGGGCGCUGCUGCCCAGUAAAUCUUACUUCAUGUUACUUUAAGUGUUUGUUGUUCACACGUGUCUCUAAUUCAGAGAAGAAGCAGCGUAUUGUCAUCGACCAGGUUGAACAUGAUCUGAACUAAAUUAUUAUUUCUGUUGAAGUCAGUUGUGAAAACACUUUAAUGUAAAAAUGGCAGAAAAUAAAAAAAAGCUGCAUUUUGA